AGUCAUCACCCAAGACAAAGUAUACUCAUUAUCUUUUAUCCAUUGGUUACAGAAGACUGUUUAAGUGAAAUGGUGUUUUGUAGAUACAUAUCCUGGCUAGUAAUCUUUGACAACAUGGAAAUGAUGCGAAACCUGAACCGCCUUUUCUUCCUACCGAUCCUCCUUGCUACCUUCGCGCUCUCACCCUGUCCAGCCGAAGCUUUCAGAAGCCACAGACUCCCUCCUCCUAGACAGUACAGAGGUCCCAAUGAACCCCCUUCUGCACUUGAAUCCGACUCAGACUUGCUGCAUGCCUUGGAAUUCCUAGAGCAAUACGAACGCGCCAAAACCAGGGAGCCUAGCGGAACUCUUCCAGGGUUGAACGUCGGUUUCGACGGGGCCGACGAUUUCGACCCGUACCCGAGGUUCGGCAACGAAAUCCCUCUCCCAGAUGAUAUCGGCAAUGGCUUCCCGUACCGAAAAUGGGACGACGACGACGACAGGAACAUAGCCGAAAUCGAUCUCGAGGACCUGUACGAACCGCGACCUGAAGACCUGGAGACCAAUGAGGUGGCAUUUGCCGAGUUAAUCUUAGACCAGUACAGGAAAUACGAAACGGAACGACAGACGGAACUUUUCAAUAAAAUUCUCGGAGACGUCAUGGCAGAGAAAAUAAUACAAGAGGACGAGGAAGAAAACAUAGCGAGGCUUAUGGAGGAACAGGCAGAAGAAAUUGAAGGUCUUGACGAUCUAGCCAACAUCUUCGAAUCCAGUAGUUCAGUGACAGGUACAUCAGGUGGGGAGGCGGGAGUCUACCCACCACAAGAGCUGGACUUGCCGCUGUUCAGCGAGUCAUCGAACGCUGAGGUAACCCCUGACGAGGAAUCCCAGAACUCGGACGACGAAGUCCAAGCCGACGACUUCUUCGUAAGCGAGGCGGGGCUUGAAGCGUUGGACGAAGCGGAAAGAAUCCUGAAUGAAGGCUACGCAGAAGACGAUAGCACAGAAAGCAGCGAAUCACUGCCUGACUUUGAUGAUACGUCAGACCUCACUAGUCUCCUUCAAGAUAAUGACGAAUCUGAGUUCAGCGAAGCAGGACCAUUAACAGAAGAAGAGAAAGAGGAAACAUUAAAAGACGUCAUCUAUAGAAUAGUACAGGACACACUCAGAAAGAAACUGGUAGAAUCCAUGGUCGGAACAGAGGAUUCUGACGAAGACUUGUCCAUGGAAGAGUCCAUUGUGGAAGUAGGGGAUUCUGAGGAAGAAGAGUCCAUGGCUGAUACCGAAGAUGGGGAAUACGACAGUCUUCUUGAUAAUCUGGUGGAUGAGAUCCGAGAGCAGGUCGACAAACUGUCAUCAAGAAUCAUGAAGGAAAUCGAAGGGGAGGACGUUGGUGAGGGCGAUGAGGAGGGUAACAACGAUGAUGACGAUGAAAGUGAAAGCUCCGAUGGGUACUUCAAUGAGGAACCAGUCAUAGGCGAGUCGAGCUCGAUACCUGACGACAUCAUUGACGAAAUAAUGGGCGCCGGUCCAAGCAGUUUCGUCGUCGAGCAGGAAAACGAUACUCCACAAUCGUCGGUCACGGAGUUCAACGAAGAUAUGAUUAGUGAUGAAGACCUCAUAAACGCCAUCAAAGAAAUAGUUCCAGCCGCCGAAGCUAAAGUAUGCCCUAUUCUAAGCUACCUGGUGGAUGAUUGCAGCGUCAUUGAAGGCUUUAGGGGACUGGGUGCCGACGGCUACAAGCAAGCAUUUAGUCGUCCAUGCAACAGACACCAAAUAUGCUACACAUGUAGUACAUCUUAUGAAAUCCCAACAAAACUAUGUGACGAAAUUUACAAAGCCGAGUUACUCACACUUUGUAACGGGGACCUGGAGUGCAUGCAACGAGCGAAGUAUUUCUGGUUGGCUGCCACCAACGACCGGACAGCGCCAGACGCCACCCUCUCCCUUUGUAGUGAUCGUUGUGUGUUGGAUUAUCUCCUUAGUGAUUAGAAUAAACCCGGAAGUGGGCUACUCACACGAUUGCGUGGGGCGUGGGAUCUGGCCGUGAUCAUCGGCCAGGGCAGAGUGGUGCUCAUUUUUCUUAUUUCAAUCGAAUCCCACCACGCGCAGGAAAUCGACCGUACACCACUCUUGCGCAGCUACUGCGCGCAUUCAUCUAUACACCGCGCGCGCAGCACCUCUUAACAAUAUCCAAUCCACCCGCACUCGUGUGGAAAGUCCUGUAUUCAUAUCAUCAUUUCAUUAUUUUACUGUCACACUCCUUAAAAUGUGUAUAUAUAGUUGUAGACUGGCGAUCUGUGUCUGUCUUAGCAUCAUUCUUAUUAUAUUUAUAAAGAUUUAUCAGAGUCAUACAUUUUAUCAUACUUGUAUUUUUAUCAUUGAUAUCGAAUUGUGCAAUCAUUAUACCAAUCAAUCGCGUUUGUUGAACUAGUAUAAUAAUGUCUGCUCGUUGCAAUGAAAUACAGAAGUCGUUCGAUUUAUUUAAUAGAUGUAAUUUGAAUCAAUAAUCCAACUGCUGUACAAAAGUUCCAAAAUGCACAACAAAAGCAUCAUCAAGUGUUAAGAAAAUAUGUAGCAUUCGAAAAAAAGUUAUUUUUUUUUCUUUUGCCAAAGAUCAUUAUUUCUAACAAGUGACCAUAAUCAGAUUCCAGUCACGUUAAUGAUUUAUCAAGUGAAGUUUGUAUUGUUUUUUUUUUCAUUAAACAUAGGCACACAUUAUUAUCAAUACUGCAUAUAGCAUUUUUAUCUAUUGGAAGCAAGAUGAAAGAGCAAGAUAAUACCGCCACCUUUUAGGUAUCCAUAUCGAUUCAUUUUGUUUUCAAAGUGUCGAGUCCAAAUUUCUGUCGUGAUGUAUACGUGUAAUGUUAUUGAUGUGAAGAAUCUCGGACAUUGAUAUUCUUAUUUCAACCUUAACAAGCACAUGCUUGCGAUGAAGAAGCUUUAAUUCACACAAAAAUAACAAAAAGAUGUUGAGAAACAGUUGCAUUGAAAUCUACAGCUCUUUGCACUAAGCUACUUGGUUGCUGUCUGUGUUA